UGUCCAUAGAAUUGUACAGAAAUCAGUGCAUUCAAUCCUUCAGCCAUGUCAGUUUCAUCAAAUGUAGUGGUUCGAAAAACGACAAAAAAAGAUCUCGGUGAUAUCAUCAACAUGAUACAAGAACUUGCAGACUUUGAAGGUAUGUCGAACGGACCACAGUUAACAGUAGAGAAAUUAGCCCGUGAUGGCGGCUUCGAUGAGGCCUCCCCGUUGCCUGUUCCAAUAUUCCACAGCUUCGUUCUAGAACUUACGGAAUCAGACCGGACCGAGGAUAAUAAAGAAAAAUUUACGUCAUCGGUGUCUAACGAAGAACCUUUGACCCGCACCAGUGUGAUCGGUUAUGCGAUUUACUUCUACUCAUACUCAACGUGGCAGGGUAAAUCGUUGUUCCUCGAGGACCUCUACGUGAAGACGGACUUUCGAAACCUCGGCUACGGGAAGUUACUGUUCCGAACGGUGGCGAGACAUGCCCGGGAAACUGACUGCAUGCGCCUUGAUUUUCACGUUCUCGCCUGGAAUCCGGCCAAGAAAUUCUACCACCGCAUGGGGGCAGAGAAUCUAACGGAAAGUGAACAGUGGGAAUUAUUCCGUCUAUCCCGAAAAGCGAUCGAUAGGAUCGAAGAAAAUUAAUUCAAAACAUUACUGCGUGAUGUUAUAAAUUUGAAAUCAUUACUAUGAAUAAUAAAUUUAUGCUAACAAUAACGUUAACAAUAUGUCUACGGGCACUGCUGUGUUCAUUAGAAACAUAAUUAGGGUCUACACGAACAUGACAUAACCUCAAAAAAUUAGCUUUUUUUGACAGCCGCCGGUGGUUUGUUUACAGUUUAAAAGUUCAUCAGAGGUUCAUCUUUUGAAUUUAAAAAUGCCGUGCAAUUUUUGCCUUGCUCAUAUAGAAAGGUUAUGCAAUCACUUGAAAAACCGACUAGUGAAAAUUGACCCGGAGGGCCAAGUGUCAUAUACCAUUCGACUCAGUUCAUCGAGCUGAGCAAUGUCUGUGUGUGUGUGUGUAUGUAUGUGUGUGUAUGUGUCAAAUAAUCUCACUAGGUUUUCUCGGAGAUGGCUGAACCGAUUUUGACAAACUUAGAUUCAAAUGAAAGGUCCCAUACGGAAUUCCUGAAUUUCAUCCGGAUCCGACUUCCGGUUCCGGAGUUAUAGGGUAAAGUGUGUUCAACAUUGUACACCGUCACUUAAACCGGCGAAACAAAAUACGUAAAAAAAUUUCUAAACUGGUCUCAAAACUACACAAAUCGAUAUUUAUUAUCAGUAGGCAACUAAACAAAUCGAUUCCGGCUAUCCUGGUUCCCGGUAUCCGGUUCCGGAAGUACCGGAAAUAGUAGUCAUAAACACCAAAAUAGAUCUCACUCACUUUUCUCAGCGAUGGUUUGACCGAUUUGCACAAACUUAGAUUCAAAUGAAAGGUCUUCCGAUCCCAUACGGAAUUCCUGAAUUUCAUCCGGAUCCGACUUCCGGUUCCGGAGUUAUAGGGUAAAGUGUGUUCAACAUUGUACACCGUCACUUAAACAGGCGAAACAAAAUACGUAAAAAAUUUUCUAAACUGGUCUCAAAACUACACAAAUCGAUAGUCAUUAUCAGUAGGCAACGAAACAAACCGAUUCCGGCUAUCCUGGUUCCAGGUAUCCGGUUCCGGAAGUACCGGAAAUAGUGGUCAUAUAUACCAAAAUAGAUCUCACUCACUUUUCUCAGCGAUGGUUUGACCGAUUGCCACAGACUUAGAUUCAAAUGAAAGGUCUUCUGGUCCCAUACGGAAUUCCUGAAUUUCAUCCGGAUCCGACUUCCGGUUCCGGAGUUAUAGGGUAAAGUGUGUUCAACAUUGUACACCGUCACUUAAAAUAUUUUCGGAUGCAACAAACAUUUAAAUCGUAAUUUAGAGUGCGUACUAGUAGAGUUUGUAUGUCAUGUUAGUUGGUGGCCGUACAAACCGACUUUGAUUAUACCGGUUCUCGGGUUCCGGUGCCGGAAGUGCAUAUAAUAGUGAACCCACUUCGUUUUCUUAAGGAUGCACUGUUUUAUUCUGUAUGUUUUGCACAAACAAUCUCUUGGUUUCUUUCAAAAAUCGAAGAGAAAAAUUUUGAAUAGAAUACCACAAUAUUAUAUGUACAUGAGAAAGGCAUCAUUACACCACUAGGUGGAUUAAAACAGGUUUUUCACUACUUUUCACUGUGGAACACAUUUUUCAAUUCAUAAUUUGCAGUCGCAAAACAAAACAAACCACCGGCAGCUGUCAAAGAUGAACUUGAUUCAUCGGCAGUUGAUUUGUGUCGUCAUCGUGUAAAACCUAAUUAAAGUAAAUAAUAAAUAAUAAAAGAAAAGGAAAAACUAAUCUGCCUUAUAUACAGAGUGAUCUGAAAGCUAAGAAACAAAACCUAACGUUUUUUUCUGCAUUUUAUACCAAAGAUGAAAAAUCCUUCGCCACUUUACGCAGAACUAGAAGAAGUAUUUUAAUUAGAAGUUUUGAUAAGUUAAUAUGUUCAAUUUUUUCUCAAAAUGGCUAAUACCUUCUCGAUUCAAUAAAAUAUGGAAAAAUUAAGUGAGUGUUCAGCAGUCUUGUUGAAAGGGCGAAGUAAUUGAUGAAAUUUUUUAUUUGAAUAUUUCUUCUUGCAUUUUGAGCUUCAAAAAAUGCAGCUUCUCCUCUAUGGAAAAUUAGGAUAAAUUUGUUUCUGAGGUUUCAGGACAACACUGUAUAUGAUUGCGAAUUAAUUUAAUGUAAUUUAUUAUUCAUUUAGGAAAAAGCAUAAA